AUGAGGGUUCAGCCAGCGGAUGUGGGGUGCUCGGGCCCUGGCUGGGGAGGUGGGUUCUGCGGGGUGAUGAUUUGGGCUGGUGAGGGGAGGAGGCGGGAGGUGCGCGGUCCCGGCACUUGCGACAGGCAUCGUCUGGACGUUUUCCCCACGGCCCCGUUUUUAGUGGCGGGUCUUCGCCAGCUUUCCCAGAGGACCAUAAGCACUGCUUCACGCAGGCAGGUGGAAAAUAAAGUUCCUGAGAAGCAGAAGCUUUUUCAGGAGGAUAAUGGCAUUCCAGUGUAUCUUAAAGGUGGACCCAUGGAUGGGCUGUUGUAUAGAUUCACUGUGGGUGUUUCAGUUUUUGGAGGAGCCUACGCUAUUUACCAGCUGAUUGUCGAUUCAAUGCCCAAGAAGCAAAAAUGA